UUCUCGUGCCCAGCGGGUUCCGUAGGCGAGUUAAAAGAGGAAAAGAGGGGUUCGGUUGCGACUCGUUGCCGCCGAGCGGCGCUCACCUGCCUAGUCCGCAACAGUCUCAUACAGUUCGCUACGGCCAGGAGCUUCGCUGGCGAUCGCAGACAUCUCUCGCUGUCUCCCCUACCAUCUCGAUUUUUCCACCUCCGCAGGCUCCCUCUCACAGGUUUUCCACCCUUCUUUCCCCACUCCUCUCCCCUCGCUGUAAUUUCCGUCCUUGUGUCAGCUUCCCUCCGCACUCCGUUCCCGCCUACAAUUUUUUUUUUUUUUUUUCGCACGCGUUGCACGAAAUUUGCGAAUCUACUUCCCGCAAUCGAUCUGCUUGAACGCGGAAUUGAAAAAUCUUCAAUCGUCUUCCCUCAAGGGGAUGAUCUCCUCCCCGAAGAUUGCACCUUUUCGAAAGACGGCGAAAUCGAGGAUGCACCCGUUGCCGACUUCGGUGGCGGUGAUCUCGCGGCAGCGGUGGUGAUGGUUGUUAUGGUGGUGGUGGUGGUGGUGGUGGUGAUGGUGGUGCUGGUGCGUGGUGAAGAAGAAAAGGAAAAAGAAGAGGAAGAAGAAGAAGAAAACGGCGCAUGUUGGUGGGGGCAGCUCUUCUCUCUGCUCCCCAGAAAUCCGUUGGUGGGGGUAAGGCAACACUCAAAGAUCGUGGUGACGUAGUUCUGGCAGGAACGCGACGCGUUUUUGUCCACGUAGCAAGAAAAGAGAACUUUCCUACGCCUUGUCUGUGCCUUACGUGGUCGGCACUUUUGAGAGAGAGAGAGAGAGAGAGAGAGAAGGAGCAAGACACGGAAGUAGAGAAAGCGAGGAGAAGAAAGAGGACGUCAAAUUCUUCGACAGACAGAGAGAAAAGAAAGAGGGAGUUAGCGGGAAAGAGAAAGAAUCAGAGAGAAAGAAAGAGAAAGAGAGAAAAGAGAGGGUGAUUGGGGUGGGGGGAAAAAGAAGCGGCAGAUGAUUCAAAGGACCGGAAGUCAGUGGUCCUCUCUCUUCCGGAUCUUUCUUGAAUUGCGAGCCUCUUUUUCGUAAUCUUGAAGACGCGCCUCUUUGACGACAAACUUUGCAUUGCCCUUAAACAUCCUCAGCGCUAUGAUCAUGAGGAUCAAGCGCAUAUCAUCAUGGUGGCGUGAUUUUGAAGUCGUACCUUUGCUUUGCAAGAAGUGUCAAGAAACGCAACACCGAGAAUAAUUCUUCGACAAGAACGAAAUAAUCGAGAAGAACUUUGCAUGGGACAAAUGAAUCUUCGGCAAGAGAUGUGAUCAUCUUUCAACAUUAUUCUAUUGACAGUUCUAAAAGAAAAUCUAGUCUAUCGGAGAAGCUGCGAAAAUAUCGUGAAAAUCGAUUUGAAGAUUUCAAGAGAAUCCACGAUAUUCUGCAAUCGAAUAAUCACACGUCGCAAUGUCAAGUUUUAUUGGAUGUAUUGACAAGGAAGUCGCGCGGGACAGUUCGAGUCAGUGCGCGUGCUAAUAUUUGAAUACAAAGGUAUAUCUGAAAUUUAAUAGAGGAUAUACACAGUGAAUUCGCGACAAUUCGCAUCCCAUCAUAUUCGCAGUCGAUCCGGUGAAUCCGUGAACAUUGCUGUCGCAUUCGACUUUGUUUCGCGAUUUUCAUCGAUAAUUAGUGAGCAGAGCGGACAAAAAAAAAAACAAUCGGUAAUCUUGCGAAGUGUGCUAUCAGGUGCGGAGGGGAUGGAGAUGCGUUCCGUUUUCGUGGCGAUCUGCCUCCUUCUCGUCACCCCUAUCACCGGCUCUUUCUGGACCGUAGGAAGCACACUGGUCAUGGAUCCGAUGCUCGUCUGCAAGAAAACACGGAGGCUAAAAGGGAAACUCGCUGACAUUUGCCGUAAGGAACCAUCCUUGUUGAAAGAAAUUGCGAAAGGUGUUCAAGUAGGAACCAGAGAAUGUCAAUAUCAAUUCCGGAAUCGGAGGUGGAACUGUACAACCAUCAAAAGAUCUCUCAAGAAGAUGUUGCUCCGCGAUACGCGGGAGACGGGUUUCGUGAAUGCCAUCACCGCCGCUGGAGUUACUUAUGCGAUUACGAGAGCCUGCACUAUGGGUGACCUCGUGGAAUGCUCUUGCGAUAAGAUGACGUCGAAGGGUAAUCGUUUGGCUAAAUUCGUGCGUGCAGCCAAAGCUCAGAAAAGUUUGCCAACGGAAGGAGAAUGGGAAUGGGGUGGGUGCGGUGAUAACGUGAACUUCGGUUUCAGAAAAUCUCGAGAUUUUAUGGAUGCGCCUUAUCGUAAACGAAGCGAUAUUAAAACGCUAGUAAAGCUUCAUAACAAUGAUGCUGGACGUUUGGCUGUACGCAACUUUAUGAAGACCGAGUGCAAGUGUCACGGGCUUUCCGGUUCCUGCACGGUGCGCACUUGUUGGCGCAAAAUGCCACCGUUCCGGGAGGUCGGUAAUCGCCUGAAGGAGUCCUUUGACGGCGCGGCCAAGGUCAUUCCCAGCAACGACGGUCACAAUUUCAUCACCGAGGGUCCCACGAUCAAGCCGCCCGGUAGAUUCGAUCUGAUCUACAGCGAAGACUCGCCGGAUUUUUGCAAGCUAAAUCGUAAGACCGGCUCGCUAGGGACGACGGGUCGUCAGUGCAAUGCGACUAGUCCCGGGAUCGAGGGCUGUGAGUUACUCUGCUGCGGCAGAGGCUACGAUACGAGAGUCAUCAAGGAGAAGAUCAAUUGCCAGUGUAGGUUUCGCUGGUGUUGCGAGGUCACGUGCAACACCUGCCUUGUCAAGAAGACCGUCAACACUUGCCGCUAGAGUGUCGAGUGUAAGUGAAAAACUUUUGACGUAACGAUAUAAAUACAUAUAUAACAAUCUCGAGAGAAUAUUUCGAGUUGAUUUCGCAUCGAUUUUGCACGCGUUAGAGUAGACUGAGGAGACACAAAGUAUGGAGAGGAAUGAUUUAUAUUUUUUAUGCGAGUCUCAUUGUGGAUGAGGGCCAUAAUGAUACGAUUCAGAAUAUAAUUACCGAAGUUGCGAAUUUUGCAGAGUCCAAGUGUUAAAUGUUAAAAAUUGCGAUUUCAUCAAUGAAAAAGAAUAUUCAGUCAAACUUUUUUUUGUUGAUGAACUGUCAUGUCAAUUAUUGCAGUAUUCAAGCCAUCUGAUACAUUACGUGUGUAUUAAUUGGCUGGCGUAUAAGCAUAUUUUUUUGAGAUUGUUCAAUACGAUGCUUAACGCGAUGGUUAAAACUUUUUUUGACUUUUAUCAAGAUCUUGUUAUCGCUGUCGAUGCAAUCUUCCCUCGGUACGCUCGUGAAAAUGAUCGAUUACAUAAUAACGUUUUGUAAUAUAUAUGAACUUUUAGAAUUACGGCUCGAUCGUGAAUAUUUAACGAUGAAUGUUCAGAUGAUCAUGUGAUUUACGAUUUACCGCGACUCUCGGUCUCAGUUAAAUCUAGGUUACUAGAUGUAUGUGUUUAGGAUUUCUAAAAAAAGUUUAUCGUACGCGCGAAGGCAAGAAGCGGCCGUCGAGAACGUCAGUAGUGCAUGCGCGUGCUGAGUCAGACGCGAGUUGCGAUGCAACUAGACGCGAUUCUUUUUCGCGUUUGGCGGGACAGUAUGUAUCUUCAGCUGUGUAUCUAUGCAUUGGCGGUAGCAGUAAAACCGGAUAUUUUUUGAUAUAGAACUCGAUGUAACGUAGAUCUUAUCGUAAUAUCAACGCUGACAAUAUAGGUUGCAGUCAAAAAAUGUUAUUGUUAUAAUCAGGAUCGGUUCUACAUUCAUAUUGCCUUCUAGAUUUUUAUUAGACUCUUAACCAAUUUGAACUUUGGUAAGAUAAUAAAAAUAAUUUGCAAUAUGUUAAUUAAAAAUGUUUUUCUCUGAUUUUAGCGAUAACGAGCCGUCUAAAUAUCCCCAGGAUUUAAUAAAUCUUAUUAAUCUAUUUUUUAUGUUUUUAAUAAAAAAAAAUUGAAUAUAUCUUAAUGAAAAACAUACCGUUUUGACGAGAUCUAACGGGCUUCUUAUAGUAGAACCGAUCCUAUCCGUAUAAUAGUUGUUAUCAGCCUCGCCGACGACGUUGACGCGAGGUGAUCGUUUUUUGUUUUACUCGUGCUGAAGCUUUCCACGUAUCUCCAGUGCUCGUAAUACAUAUUAAUACGCACGUGUAGUCGUAUGAUGAAUUUAUGUAAAGUAUAUCCGUCGGACCAUCAUAACGCCCCGGUAUUCGCAUAGUAAUGUCCGGUGAAUCGCUUUUCUGCUUGAAUCGCCGCGAGGUCGGGCUUCGAGCAAAAUCCCGAGUGAUCAAUUCAACAUUAACGGCAUAUCGAAAACAUCUCGAUGCGACGUUAUGUCGUAUCGAGUUUUUAUGCAAAUUUUCUCUUGUUGAUUAUACAGUUGGAAAACUCGGGAUCUUGCUUUCGCUUCACGCGCGCGCCUGCGUAUCCAAUUAUAUUGCUUUUUUUUUUUCCUCGCGUGAUUUAUAAGCUUUGUGCCAUACGUCGCGAUUCGAUCGAUCCAUACUUGUCAAGUACGUACCGAUCAACGAGCUUUUCUUUCGUUUCUCGAAUAAUCACUUUUUAUCGGCUAACGAGCCUUAUGGCGUCACAGGGCUUCCUCUUUUGUGUACAUAAGACUGAAUUUAUUAAUGUCUGCGCACUUGCAUGAUAUGAGUUAGAUACGGAAAAAACAUUGUACUCACGCGAACGAAUCUCGUUUGUUAUUAUUAAGAUUUAUUAGUGACGACUUAUUUUAGGAUGCGAACAUAUAUAGAAGGAAGAAAUAUAUGAUUAAUUUGAAAUU